UGCAAAAGAGCUUGGGUUCUUACUUCGAAAUGGCCAAGAUAAUGGAAUUCUUAACCUUAUUCUUUUUAUCUAUUAUUCUUCAUCUACCUGGUAUCUUCAGUGAACAAGAAAAUCCAGAUGCAUGCCCCAUUAGAAAAUUCAAUCCUCUGGGUCAGACAUGCCAGAAAGCCUGUACUCGAAACCAGGAAUGUGGAUUAAAGAGGAAAUGCUUGUGUGAUGGAGACUGUGGCCUGAGCUGUGUUACAACAACCCGCAGCUGUCCUUGGCCAGUGAACAUUGCUAAUGCUAAAACAGGAUUGGUUAAAGGAACAAGAAACUUUGGAGAUCAGAUGUCAGCGCUUUGCCAUCCGGGAUUCAAAAUGGCUAGUGGACAAGAGACAGCGCUAAGCCGUUGUCAAGGAGACAGGAAGUGGAGUGUGAUAACACCAUGUGAUGCAGUGCUUGAUCCGGUAAAGUCUUGCGAUGUGCCACAUAGUAUAGAGAAUGGAUUCUUAAUGGAAAAUGGGUCUACUUUCUCAGUUGGAACCUCGGUUCACUAUCAAUGUAAUCUGGGGUAUGCACUUGAAGGUCACGAGGUCACACAGUGUAUGGAGAACACCACUUGGAGUCAACCAGCUCCAACAUGCAGACAAAUAUUCUGCCCCCCCCCGCCAGAAGUAAAACAUGCUUAUCUUCUGGCAAUUCAGAAAUCAGAAUAUGCGGUCUUUGAAGAGAUAAAUUAUCUUUGUGAUAGAAAUUUGGAUAUGGAUGGGUCCCACAAUGUCACUUGUGAAGCAAACGGAAACUGGUCUGCAAUUCCAAUAUGUAGAACAAGAUGUAAAAUACCAGCACAACGAAGUCGAGUAGUUUAUAAGGGUAGUAAACGUUGGGUCCAUGAAAUACCAGGCACUGUGCAUCACUUGGAAGCGGUCACCUUUUUCUGCCUUAACCAGACUUGCAGUUAUCCUGCUACAUCCCAAUGCUUUGAUGGAAUGCUCUCACUUCCAAGCUGCUAUAAAGAGCCCACAUGGAUACAGUACAAUUUUGUCCCAAAAAAUAUUGUAUCUGAAAUCACGCCAUGCACAGAACUAUAAUCACAGCAAAAGAGGAGUCUGACUUCGACAUCCAUACAACAUAUUCAUCAAGCCACAUCAACGAGGAGGAAAAGCAAGAAGUUACAAAAUUCUUUUUCUAAAGGAGUUUAUGUUGUGUUGCAGCUGAAUUUGUAUCCAUGAGUCGGGAUAUUAACAGCAGAGGCUACACAAAGAGGUUCCCUGAAAUACUUUUAAACACACAACCUUUCUCAAGAUAUUAAACCAAGUUCAAUAAACACAAUCCCAUAUAUAUACCGGGUAUGUAUGGACAGAUAUUUCACUGACCAUGUGUGGUAAUACAUAUAUCAGUUUAUAUACAUAUAGUGAAAAAUGCUCCCUCCUCCAGACUAAAUUCUAUAUUGGAAAAGCACAAAUAGUACCAACAUUCAAUUCCACUUACCAGCCAACCACUAAUUACCUAAUCAUUAAAUAGAAAUCACAACGCAUUGAAGUUCAA